AUGUUACCCUACGGAAAUGCUUCAGUGAGCCUGCGCUACUACGCCAAACAUGCCACGAGAUCACCCGUGCGUGCCGUGCUGCGAGAUUGUUGGAGGCUACGGGCGUGUGUCACGUAA